UCUCUCAGAUCUGGAACCGAUGCCUCCGAUUCUGCUUCCUCCCCGGUUGAUUGCGUUUGGUCACGAGCCUCGCGGCGAGAGGGUUAAUGUGUAUCAUAAGAUGAAAACCCUUUGCGCUAUCUUCAACGCUCUCGACGAUGGUGAACGGCAGUUCCUUUCUCGAUCCACAUUCGGUCAACUAUUGGAGUUUCCUAACAAACCCGCCUGGUCUGCGAGCUUUGGGAUUUUUAUAUUGGGUAGACAAUUGGAGGUGGCGAAGCCGAACGAGAUUUGGGUGCUCUUUGCCGGAAUUCCUAUUCGUUUUUCUUUGAGAGAGUUAAAGAUUGUUACGGGUUUACCUUGUGGGAAGUAUCCGACUUUGAAGAAGAAAAAGAAGAAAGGCACUGCGGGGAUGACGAUUCCAUUUUACAGUAAGUUGUUUGGCCUUGAAGAAGAUGUAACUGUAGACCGGGCUAUUACGUUGUUGAAGAAAAGGAUUAUCUCCGAUGCCGAUAUGAGGAUCCGAUGUGCUUGCUUAGCUAUUGUCGAUGGUUUCCUUGUCCCUACCUCUCAUUAUCCUAAGAUUAUUAAAGCUCACGCCGAAAUGGUUGAGGACGUGGAUGCAUUUCUUGCUUACCCUUGGGGCCGUCUCUCUUUCGAGAUGAUGAUUAAGUCGAUAAAAGAGAGGGAAAUUGAACAAUUAGCAAUUACUUGUUUUAGCGUUCAGGGGUUGUUAUACGCUAUGCAAUUGGUUGUCUUACAGGCAGCUCCAUCUAUUCAAGAUGGACCUGUAAUUGAUGAGAUCAUUGAGUCUGAAUCUGAAGCCGGCGAUGUCGAUGUUGAAGAUGCCCCUCGAGAGUCUGUCCCUUUCAAGCUAGGGAAUGCUAAAGUGUUGGAUAAGAAAUGCUCGGUAAUGUCCUUAUCUCUUUAACUUUGUUAACAUUUAUCGACAUUGUUAUCAGUAUAUAUUGUACAAGUUUCCGAUAAUUAUGUUGUUAAUCACUAACGCCUUUUUCACUUAAGCAAGUUAACGCCAUCUGGUAUUAUUAUCUUGGUUGUUUUGCAGAUUUUUGUUGAUACCAUUAUUUGUCCUGAUUUUGUGUUGGAUCCGGAGGAAGAUUUGUCUUGGUCUGAUGAUGAGGAAGAUGAGAAGGUCGAUAAUAUUCUGAUGUUUUUAGGUGAGGGUCUGAUUUUCAAGAAUGACAUGUUUGAUGGUGGAGUUAUCCCAUCCCACUUGAAAUUGGCUUCAAAAAAACAAAAGCGUGGUGGUAAAUCCAAUGGUAGUCGCACUAGGAAAGCUGCCAAACUAACUAAGAACGGUGGUGUUAGGAGCAGACAAGAAAGACCUAUCCCUGAGGAAGGCGGGAGUUCAGGGGUUCCUUCGUUGGAGUCUAUUUCCCUUAUGUUGGAUGCCAAACUUGAAGGUCAGACGAAAAAAAUCAUUGCCGCGGUGACUGAUUGGUUCACUAAAAACACUGUUAUUGAAGGCAAAACCUCGAAAGAGCCUGUCAGUGGGUCUACUCGUCCUAAGAAGGCUGCCAACAAUGGUAACGAUGGUGUUUCUAAUUCUGAUGGUCUGGGUUCCAAUGGUGGUAAUGAUGAUUUUGGAUUUGAUUCUCUUCGCCCCUCCCGUGGCCAUGCUCGGUCUCAUAGCCGCGAAGGAACUUCUAAUGUCGAGGCCACUGUGGAUGAAAUUUUAUCUUUCUACUCUGAGAAGGUUCCAACUGGUGUUGGUUGCAAGGAGGCGGGGCGGGAGAAUGCUGUUCCAAUGGGUGAAGAUAUUCUCCAUGCUGGCGAUGUGGUCCAUAAUUCUCAGGUGGGCGAGUAUUCAAUGGUGUUUUUUGGCUAAGGUAUUUCAUAGA